CAGAGCGCGGGAGGGAGAGUCCGGACUGGCUUGCGAGAGACAGCAGAGCAGAGCUGUGGAGGGAGCGAGCAAAGCGCCUUCCUUUUUGCCGACUGCGGGGAAAACACUUAAGCAGUUUUGACUUCAGUAUGGACCGAUAUGAAGAUAUAACUGAUUGUGAAGUGGAUCACUCUUUCUUUGAUAGUGAUUUUGAAGAAGAGGUGAAGAAAGACAAAGCGACAACAGAAAUAAAUAAAAUGGAAAGUUCUGGGCCUGCACAAAUAAAAGGUUCAGUUACAGAUGAUUGUCAUUUGAAGCAGGAAGCCAAAGUGGUGGAGGAUAACAGUAUUGAGGAAGAAAAGCAAGCUAAACAGGCAGAAUCUCAAAAGGAACUCAUAUUAGACGAUGGUGCUCAUAAUUCAAAUAAUGCUCUUUCUAUGUUAGCUUCUUUAAAUCUGGAGGAUCCAGUUGAUAGAAUCACAGCACAAAAUGAGCAAACCCUUCAUGAAAACAUUCCAGUGCAAAUUCCCUUAAAAGAGAAAGAAUGUGAAGAAAAUUACUACACAGAUGAAGAAGAUAGUAGUGAUGAUAGCAGAAAUCAGAGAGUUAGACAUAAGUUCUCUAAACAGCCUAAUGGUACAAAGGUUAAUAGGAAUGUUAAUUCUUCCUCCUCCUCUUCUCCAUCUUCUAGUUCUGAUACAGAUUAUUCAGACACAGGAUCUGAUGGUUGCCUGUCAGACUCAUCAUGUUCUUCAGAAAAGAAAAACAUAAGGUCACCACUUCUUUCAUCAGAACAACAGUUAAGCCAAGGAAAAAAGUCAGUGGAAGUAAAAUCAAAAUUGGGUGACCACGCAGAAGAGUCUGAAGAUACAGUUACUGAUGUAACUCCUCUGUCAACUCCAGAUAUCAGUCCCAUCCAAUCUUUUGAAGUGGCAGCACCCAAUGAUAAGAAAUUAAAGGUUAAAAGACAACAAAAUGUGAGCCAGGAGUUAUAUGAACCUGAGGUAGAUCACAAAUGUCUUCAAAAGGUACUACAUGAAGCUAUGGACUUGAAUAACCUUUUGAAAGCUGACUCAUCUAUCCAAGUCAUCUGUCACACAGACGCUUUUCUGCAGUUGGAGAAAAAGGAUCAACAAGAAUUGGCAUUGAAUCAGUCUUCUCUAGGAUCAAGGAAAAACUAUUCAUUCACAAAUGACGAAGUACGACAAAUUGAUCGAGAAAACCAAAGGCUCUUAAAAGAAUUGACAAAGCAUUCUGCAAAACCCAGAAACAAAAGUGCCUCCAUGAAGAAACCUUCAGGCUCAGCACCUAAAAUGUACCACAGUGCCAUCAACAGGCAAAAGGAACAGCAGAGGAUCGACAGAGAGAAUCUGGCUUUUUUGAAAAGACUUGAAGCAGUGAAACCAACAACUGGCAUGAAGCGCUCAGAACAGCUCACUGACUACCAGCGGCAGAUGGGCUACUUUCGCACUCCUGGAACUCCGAGGCGAGGAAAGUCUGCCUUGAAUCAUCAGAGUCCAUCUAGAGGUACAUCCCGAACUUCCAGUCAUAGUACAUCCAGUACUAUAAAUCGAAGGAGUGAAAAACCAGUUUUUGAUAAAUGGUGCACUGCAGCAGUUGAACCCCAGUAACAUUCAUGGCGCCUGGUUACAAAUAAUUUGUACUUUGCUAUCAGAUUUCUAAACUGAUGGUUUGGGGAUUACUGUAAUUCUGUGCAGGACUGUUGUAAUAUUGAAUAAUUAAAGGAUGCUGGAAAGUAGUAUUAACUAUAAAUGGAUAUAAUCUUGAUUCUUUUUUUCAUCUUUCUAAUAUGUGUUGGACAGUAUCUUUAUAGUCAGUAUUUCUUAAAACAAUACGUAUUAAAAAGUGGCACUAUUGCAAACCUUAUUUUCUCAAUGAAAUUGAGGUUUGAAAAGUAGGGAUAGGAUAGACCAGAAAUAAAAAUUCAUUUGUUUUUAAAUCUUAAAUUUUGAAUUUCUUACCAUGAAAUUUAAUGUAACUUUGUAUUGCAAACUUUUAAUUUAAUAAGAUCUAAUAAAAAUGUUAGAUAGAACAUAUAACACACAACUCGGCCUUGGUGCUGUCAGUUACAACAUGGAAAACAAACUCAAUCUUUUCAGAUCAGUUCUCCAAUUCUAGAAAUAUGGAUUUUAUAUAAGCAAUAGACAUCUAAAUAAAUGUAAAAAGUAUUGUCUAUUAUCUAGAACUCUACCUUGUAUUGUAAAGUGUUGACAAUUUUGGUCUGUGAUAUAUUUGCUCAAUUAUAUUUAUUAAAUUAUUCUCUAAAAUUUUGUUUCUUGAAGUAAAAAUGAACAGAAAACUUGUGGGUGUACUUCUUAAAUCUUGGCACUUUGGAAUCUUUCCAUAAACAUAUUUUUCUUCGUCAAAACUACAAAGUGUGAUUAAGUUAUGAAGGUAUACAAAUUGUACAUCUGUCCUUUAAAAAUUAAGUAAAAUAUUUAAUUGAAUUCAGCGUGCUGUUCUUUUCUGUAAUUUGAGUCAAAUAUUGUGAAUAGGUUUUAAAAAUGACCUUCUUUUAAUUGUAUUGUAAUAGCUGUCUGCUCCAGAAUAUUAUUUGGAUUUCCCAUCAUUCAUUGAUUUAAGAAAUAAUUUGUAGUUAAUUUCCUGUUUGAAUUCCAUCUGUAUUUAUCUUAAUAUUUCUAGGUUGUAAAAAGUUCUUGUCUAUCAUAAUUAUCUGUACAAUGUAACAGUAAACUUAAGCUUGUAUAUAAAUUACAUACAUGAACAAACAUUUGCAUUUUAAUGAACAUAAGUGUUACAUGAAGGGGCACCAAGACACUGCAAUCACAAUUAAAUGCAAGAAUUGAAGUAAUACAAAAGCAAAACUAUGGAGUUACACCUGAUUUUCUUUAUAAAAAGGGACAGUAUAAAGGGAGAAUGCAACAAUAUGUAAAAGCCAUUCAUUGCCCACAAUACGCUUGUCGUUUCAGUAUCUUUCCUAAUGAUUUCAAACGCCAUUUCUGCAUAUUGCGAUGAUUUUUUUUCCAAAAGUUGCUGUGGUGUUUGCACCCAUAAAUAAAGUACUAGAGUUCAUUUUAGGAUUUUAUCUGCAGUACCAUCCAGUUUUAUAUUUUAAGUACUUAUGGAAAAACAACCUCUUCAGAACACAAGGAAUUUAUAUCUAGUAAAUAUUCUAGUCAUUGGAAGACAUCAAAAAAUGGAUGUAAUACAUUUUAUGUGCUCACACGUUUUAUCAGUGAACAACUCAGUAAUGCAGAGGUACAAAACUCCAGAACUAUAUACAGCUUUUAAAAGAUUUUAGAUGGGACUGAAUUGCUUCUAAAAAUUAUCACUCUAUUGUAAUUUCUGAUAUGACAUAAUAGAGAAGUACUAAAUGCAUGAACAAUAGUUUUGUGUUUUUAACUGAAAAUGCAAUCAGAUUUAACAUCUAUGCAGCUCCCAACUGUAAAGGAUACUGCAAAACUCAAUGUAAACAGACAUUUCUAGAGGAAGAUGAAAAUUUUCAAAUACUUUAAUUAGGAGAUUAAUACUUUUUUUGCACAUUGAUUUUAUCAUAUCAGUUCUCUCACAUCCUCUCACUGUCAUGAAAUCUAUUCCUAGAAUACGUCCAAUUAUGACUCAAAACAUGAUAUCUAUAUUUCAAAAAACUCAUUAUAGUCAUAGUCCAUAAGGUUGAAGAUGGCUGUGAGGGGGGGAGCAAGAAAUAUCAGAAAAUAAACUUGUACCUUUAGACCUGCAAGAUUUUGUUAAUGUAGCCUUAACAAUAAAGUGUUCACUCAUGUAGUCGUGUUUUGUAUCUGGUUUACCUGGCUGGGCUGCAAGGCCCAAGGCCAGAAAUGACACAGUGAAUUCCAAUCGGGUUCAGUCCUUUAUCUACUUACACCUAAUGGACAGAAUCUUGCCAAACUCAAGCUAUCGCCUUCUAACCUACUAGAUAUAUCCUGAGAGAUUCUAGAUGUGGCUACCCUAAACCUCUCCCCCUCCCUCCCAAUCCAGCUCAGGAUUGCUCAAUCUCUUAAUCCAGACCUCUUUCUGGGAAAGCUCUGCAUUGCCAAAACUCCCCCAUUGCUUCUCUAGAUGCACAUUCCAUCACAAAGGCUAACAGAAAUAGACAACCAUGACUCAUUGGGUCAUCCUUUUGAUAUAUAAUAUAGGCUGGUGGCAUUAUCCCUCAUGACCCUCAGCAGAGCUCUGAUGAAGCAGACUCCUCCUCUUCCUCAAAUCAGCUGCUACUUUGCUAGGGGAAACAAAGGGAACCACAAAAUGCAAGGAAAACUACCCUCCCCAACCCUGCAUGUCCCCAAGGCCCCUUCAAGAAGGAAAAGGUUUCAUCCGUUGAUCACUGACCUUCCUUAGCCAGCUCUAUCUUGCCUGCAGGCAUCUAAGUCACCCCCUUAAUCUUCCCCUCACCACUCACUGCCAAUAAAAGAUUUCAAAUUUCGGCCUCGGUUUCAAAGUGGCCAAUCACUGGUUACCUGCCGGGCCUUGUUGCCAGCUGAUUGGAUGAAGGGAGAGUGUGGGGAUACAUUCCUCCCAUAUUAUCUUGUGCCAUGCAACCUUUGGGUUUCUGGGAAGUGUAAGGCAGCACUGAAGUGACAACUUUGCCAAAUUUCAAUCCCAUGGGAACAAUUCAUCCUCUGUUUUGAAUGAAUGCUGUAUGUUACUCUGAGGCAAAAUCUGUCAAGGCGUAGAUUUCAUAGUACUGUCACUGAAUGUCCUAGCAGCUCAAGCUGCUUUUUCUUUUUCCAACAAUUGCAAACAAAAUUAAAUGGAUGCUGUUACCAUAUGUUGAAGAUCAUACAAUACUAAACCGAAUAAGAAAACUGCAGGUGAGUUGCAUCUGACUAUACAAUAGUCCUCAACUUACAAACACAAUUCAGCCCAACAUUUCUGUUGCUAAGUAAGACAGUUGUUAAGUGAAUUUUACUUAGUUUUAUGACCUUUCUUGCCACAGAUAAGUGAAUCAUUGCAGUUGUUAAGGUAGUAACACGAUUGUUAAAUGAAUCUGGCUUCCACAUUGACUUUGCUUGUCAGAGGACCGCAAAAGGCGAUCACAUGACCUUGAGACGCUCCAACCAUAAUAAAUAUCAGUCACUUGCCAAGCAUUUCAAUUUUGAUCACAUGGCCAUGGAGAUACAAUGCUUAUGUGAAAAAUGGUCCUAAGCAACCUUUUUCAGUGCCGUCGUAACUUUGGUCACUAAAUAAACUGCUGUAAAUUAAGGACUUCCUGUACACAUUCAAUAGCAACCGUCCUUUUAGCACCCAUCCACAUGCAAGUUUAAAAGUAUGGUCGUUAUUGUAAUCAUUACUGAAUAUUUAGAGAUACUAAGGCCUGG